AUGGGCUGUGGGAACAGUAAGGUGCUGCCCGAGGCAUCUAAGAAGGGCUAUGUUAGUGUGGUGCAAUCGCUUGUGGCUUUUAGUAAAGCACGAGGUGAUGAUGAUGAUGAGCUAAAGAAGCGUACAGAGAAGCAAAGAGGUUUGUGGUUUUCCCCUGGCGUUAAGAAUCUUCAACCAGCAUCAAACAGCCAGCAGCGGAUACUCAGAGAUGGACGACACCAGGACAGAGUUGCCAAGUAUAAGGACAAGUUUGAGCCACGUGUGACUGCAAGAUACGACAUCAAAGCUCUGAUCGGUCGAGGAAGCUUCAGCCGCGUCGUGCGUGUGGAGCACAGGACGACUCGCCAGCCCUUCGCCAUUAAAAUGAUGGAGGUAGAGGCCCCAGAGGGGUGUGAGGUGUGCACCGCGGAGCUGGCAGUGCUGCAGCGGGUGAGCCACUGUAAUGUGAUUCAGCUGAUCGAGGUGUUUCAGUUCCCACAGCGGGUUUACAUGGUGCUGGAACUGGCCACAGGAGGGGAACUGUUGGACCGUGUCGUUAGCAGGGGCCACUUCACAGAGAGUGACGCUACCCAGGCUCUCCGGAUGGUGCUGGCUGGGGUGGGAUACCUCCACAACCUGGGAAUCACCCACAGAGACUUGAAGCCUGAGAAUCUUCUGUACUACCACCCUGGUGCCGACUCCAGGCUGCUCGUGACUGACUUUGGACUGGCCACUUUUGGCGGCACGGGGUCUGAAGUUUCAGACCCUGACAGAAGUGACAUUGGAGAUCAUACCAGAGCAGACAGGACGUGGUUCCUCAGAACUACCUGUGGAACCCCCGAGUAUAUGGCCCCUGAGGUGUUGCUGAGGAGACCCUAUUCCUGUGCAGUGGACAUGUGGGCCCUGGGGGUGAUCACCUACAUUGUGCUGAGUGGAUCCAUGCCGUUUGAGGACGACAGUCGUACGCAGCUCUACAGAUCCAUUGUGAGAGGAAAAUACAGCUUCCAUGGAGAUCCUUGGCCCUCAGUGUCCAACCUGGCCAAAGACUUUAUCCAGCGCCUGCUGCCGUUGGACCCUGCUGCCCGCCUGACCGCUGACCAAGCCAUCCGUCACCCAUGGGUGGUCACCAUGGCAGCCAGCUCCUCCAUGAGGAACCUCCAUCGAUCUAUCUCUCAGAACCUCAGGCAGCGGGCAUCGCGCAGCUCCUCCCGGUGCCCGAGCAGCACCGCGAGCUCCGGCGAGUCCAUAGCGUGGGCCUGGGAAAGCUAAUAUCGCUGGAGGAAAACCAAGAGCAGCAGCAGGGCAGAGCAUCUGGACUGA